AUGGCUUCUUCAGAUACCGCUGUCCCCGUCACAAACGGGGUGGUGGAAGAGAUCGCAGCCGACAAUGGCACCGGUAGCACUACCCAGACGACGCAAACCCCAACACAAACACCUUCUCACAGCGAUGGGCCCCUGGCCAGGACACCCUCCCUGAGCAGUUUCUCGCUCACCGAAUAUAGCGCAAAGCCAAUGCCUUCAUCCGAGAGCAGAAAUUCGCACAUAAAGAACAUUGUCCCCGACGAGUUUCUUUUGCCCAAUGGCAACCCCGAUUACUUGCGCCUCAUCAUCACCUCAUACCCCCGGGUCAGGGAGGUAUGCAACGAAAUCCCGCUGGUCCACGCGGUCAACCUUAGCAACCGCCUAGAAUGUAAGGUGCUGCUGAAGCGUGAGGAUGAGCAGCCCGUGUUCAGCUUCAAGCUGCGGGGCGCUUACAACAAGAUGGCCCAUCUGGACCGCGCCGAGUCGUGGAAGGGGGUGGUGUGCUGCAGCGCCGGCAACCAUGCCCAGGGGGUGGCGUACUCUGCCAGGAAGCUGAAGAUACCCGCUACCAUCGUGAUGCCCAAGGGCACGCCCAGCAUCAAGCAUCUCAACGUUUCGAGAAUGGGGGGUCAUGUUGUGCUCCACGGGGGUGACUUCGACGAGGCCAAGGAGGAGUGCGCCCGGCGGGAAAAGCAGGGCGGCCUGAUCAACAUCCCGCCCUUUGACGACCCGUACGUCAUCGCCGGCCAAGGUACCAUCGGCAUGGAGAUCCUCUCCCAGACGAACCUCCAGAAGCUCCGCGCUAUCUUUUGCUGUGUGGGCGGCGGCGGCCUCAUUGCCGGUGUCGGUGUCUAUGUGAAGCGCAUUGCGCCGCACGUCAAGAUCAUCGGCGUGGAGACCUACGAUGCGGACGCCAUGACCCAGUCUCUCGCGAAGGGUGAGCGCGUCCUUCUGAAGGACGUCGGUCUAUUUGCAGAUGGAGCGGCGGUCAAGACCGUGGGCGAGGAGACCUUCCGCAUUUGCCAGGAAGUGGUAGACGAGAUGGUUCGAGUGACGACGGAUGAGGCGUGCGCGGCAAUUAAGGACAUGUUUGAGGACACUCGGUCUGUUGUCGAGCCCGCCGGCGCGUUGGCCAUUGCGGGACUGAAGAAGUGGGUAACAGCCAACCCGUCUGGCGAUCCGUCAAGGUCCGUUGUCGCCAUCACGUCCGGCGCAAACAUGAACUUCGAUCGUCUGGGUUUUGUCGCUGCCCGUGCCACUUACGGCGAGGGGAGGGAGGCGCUCCUGGCAGCUAAGAUCCCAGAGAGCCCCGGCGCGUUCGCCGAGCUUAUCAACGCCGUCAUGCCCCAUUCCGUGACUGAGUUUAGCUACCGGUACGCCAACGAAAACGAGGCCAACGUGCUGGUUGGUAUCUCGCUCACCGCGCCGGGGAGCCAGCGCGCCCAGGAACUGCAGAGCAUCAUCAACCGCAUCAAGCAGUCGGGAACCAUGGACGUGACGGACUUGUCCGGGGACGAGCUCGCGAAGAGCCAUCUCCGGUACAUGGUGGGCGGCCAGUCCAGCGUUCCGAACGAACGGCUCUACAUGUUCCGCUUCCCCGAGCGGCCCGGCGCCCUUGAGAGAUUCCUGCAGACCCUGCGACCAAAAUACAACAUCAGCCUGUUCCAGUACCGGAACUACGGUGGGGACAUUGGCCAGGUGCUGACAGGCAUCUUGUGUCCAGACGACGAGGUAUGCGAAUUGCAGCAGUUCUUGAAGGAGAUUGGGUACCCGUGGGAGGACUGCACGGACUCUGCAGUAUUUAAAACCUUCUUACGGGCGUAG